UAACUUAGUUUUUGGACCGAACUCAACCACAAUUUGAAACUACAUUGUAGAAUAGUAGACUCUUGACCGAAUUCACRAAUUGCUGGCGGAUUGGUGGAGAUUUCUUUUGUUUAACGUGUAAAUUAAAGUUUUUUAGUGAAAUUCGACUUUUUCUGUGGCUAUCACCGACCGUAAGAAGCUGAAUUAUUGAUUGUGGCGGAGUAGAGAGGUUUUCACUGCUCAGAGAAAUGGAGUUCAUAAACAAUGGACCAAAAGAGGAUGAUUUUUAGCUGACUUCACCGKCAAACUACUCAUCUAUAGAUCUUAGAUGUCUUCUGAUUGCAACAACAACGAUGUAUCAGUUUUCGAUGGAUGUGAAAAUUCUCAAGAAAUCGGCGUUAAUUCAUUAGAACUGGCUGACUUCUUAACUAUUUUGAGUAAUGUUUUUGCGCUUAAAUCCUGCUCUUAAAGCGAGAUCACCGCAAGAUGAGCGCAGACACAUUGACAGAGGUACCGCGUCUUUAAACCCAAUCCAUAAUGUACCCGGACGGCCAGCCAAGCUGCCAUCUCUAUACCCGAACGUCUCACUCGACUCGUACAGUAGGCGCCACGAAGAGGGACGUCUAAGGUCUAAUAACGACGCAGCUAAUCGUGAACAAAGUUUAGCUGCUGGGAUAUCUGGAUUUGAAGACACAAAAGACGACAAAUGUCAGUCUUCACACCUUGCAUCAAGGGCUGCAGUAGUGAGAGUAAAGGGGACACCAAUAGUWCUGGGCGCUACGACUGUUUUACGUGCUAGCGCGGCAGCUCUCGGUGUUGGAUCAGACGUCGCAUCGACUGCARUACAGACAGCAGAAGAAAGCAUCGACAGCGUUGAGUGUGAGACGUUUGUUGUGGUUGCMAGUAGGUUUGGUAAACAGUACGUUUACAGAUUCAACAAAGCCAAAUCUCUAUAUUUGUUUGGACCUCUACAUCCGAUAAGAAAAGCAGUCAUUCUUUUUAUUACAAAUCAAUUUUUCGAAUUUUUUAUACUUCUGACGAUCAUAGUGAACUGUAUUUUCCUGGCCUUAAGAGAUGCACCCGAACAACCAGAGUAUGUUUUUGCAGCCAUAUAUACAUUCGAAAUGUUGCUCAAAAUUAUCGCUAAAGGACUUGUCAUGCACGAAUAUGCUUAUUUACGAGACCCUUGGAACUGGUUGGACUUCGUUGUGGUGAUUUUAGGGUACGUUACUCUUGUCCCUAACGUAGCAAAUCUAUCUGGUAUUCGAACAUUUCGUGUAUUGAGAGCCUUAAGGACGAUUUCUGCUGUAGAAGGUCUYAAAACAAUGGUGAACGCACUGCUCAAGUCCAUGAAGAUGUUGUCUGAUGUUCUUAUUCUGACCACGUUUUUUCUGUGUGUAUUCGCACUGGUUGGAAUGCAGCUUUUUGUAGGAUCUCUUCGAAAUAAAUGUGUUCUUAAACCACCACUCAAUACAACCAUCGAUUAUGAUUCAUUCGUAACAAAUGAAAGCCACUGGUAUCAUCCAGACACUGACACGCCUAUCACAUGUGGGAAUUCUACAAGUGCCGGUCCUUGUCCACCAAAUUACACUUGCUUAGCAAACAUAGGGAAUAACCCGAACUACGGUUAUACUAAUUUCGACAACUUUGGCUGGGCUGUUAUCACUGCUUUCCAACUUGUUACUCUGGACUAUUGGGAAAAUGUGUAUAAUUAUGUUCUCUCUUCCAUGGGAUCUUGGUACAUUUUCUAUUUUUUCAUGGUCAUCUUCUUUGGCUCGUUUUAUCUGCUUAAUCUUGUCCUCGCCGUUGUAGCUGUGUCAUACCAACAAGAAGUACUUGCGUUACAAGAUAGGGAAAACUACUACAAUAAUUUAAAGGGAGUUGCGUCWUUGUACUCGUUCCAUGGUUGCGUCGUCCCUAAACUUCUACGUAACAGCAAAUCAAAGACCAAAUCACUUGCGAGCAAAUGUAAAAUGUCCUUCUGCGUGCCCUGUUUUUCUAUUGGUAAACAACCCGAACACAGUAACGGUCACGCAAGUGACAAUGAAAGCAGUCACGCAAGUACAGGCGGAACGAUACGUGUCGAUAGUACGGCGAUAGAAAUGAAAAUGUURAAUGACAAGAAUGAGGUUAGAACUAAUGGSCAUUCUUUACCAGAACCGAAGACUUCGUCCUUUUUCUCUGUUAGCAGCGAUAAUUCAAUACAUAUACGAAUGAACAGCUCUACAGAAGYCAUGCCACAGACUUCUAAGUUUGAUGAUAAUAUUUUAACAAAGACACUGGACGUAAAAAGCUCAUUCYUGCGGAAAUUGAGCGCAAUAAGUGAACAGUCUUCGACAGAUGGCGUCGAUAAUAAUGAAAACAUCAAWAAUACGCAGCCGCAAAAAUCCGUGAGUUUCAUCGCGCGUGUUYUAACGCCUCGCGGAUCACUCGCGAGGCAGACAAGUACAGGCAGUGCAACCCACCAUAAGACCAUAACRAAACAAGAUACAAAAUGGAAUAGAAUAAGAAGAAUGAUAUCAAAGAUCGUACUUCACGGGUACAUGGAUACUUUCAUUACGUUUUGUAUCAUGGUAAAUACAUUAUUCUUAUCGCUGGAGUAUCACAAUAUGGACAGCAACUAUCUGAUGGUCUUGGAAAUAGGAAAUAAGGUAUUUACAAUGGUGUUUCUGCUGGAGAUGAUUCUUAAGAUCACAGCUUUCGGUUUCAAGGGUUACAUCAAGAGUCGCUGGAACAUCUUCGACGGUUUUAUAGUUGUUAUCAGUAUGGUAGACUUGAUGGUUGAACUUUUGGUUGACGAUCAUGACUCUGGACUUAGUGUUCUAAGAACUUUUAGAUUGCUUCGUGUGUUCAAGUUGGCUCAGUCAUGGCAGACAAUGAACAUGUUGCUUAGUACUAUUGCUCGUAGCGUUGGACAAUUAGGAAACCUCACGCUAGUCCUAGGGAUUGUCAUCUACAUGCUUGCGGUUGUUGGUGUACAACUUUUCGAUCAAUAUUACACAACCAAGAACUUUAAUGGGGAUGUUCCUCGGUGGAAUUUCACGGAUUUCUGGCAUUCAUUCAUGAUGAUUUUUCGUGUUUUGUGUGGUGAAUGGAUUGAACCGCUGUACGAUUGCAUGCGGGCGAGUACUUCAUGGGCCACUUUGUUUUUCCUUACGACUUUGGUUAUAGGCAACUUUCUGGUUCUCAAUCUAUUUCUUGCGCUUUUGCUCAACGCCUUUGCUCGCGAGUCUCUUGAACAAGAAGCAAAGAAGAAAACCAAAAAACCGAGCAAGUUCGCUCAAGGCGUGUCUAAACUCAGUAGAGCGUUGCGUUUCCGUAGUACUGUCUCUAAGACYACUCAGGUWCUACCAACAAUCCGCGUACAUGACGGCGAGAAUGCAACGGACGGUGACAAGGCACCUACUGUACAGAAUGGUCUGGAAUCCAAAACGUCAGCAGAUUCUGCAAUAAGUACCUCUUCUAAUGCUUCGAACGCCAUGAUUAGUGCUGUGACUGCAUUUCAACAAGGUAACAAGAAAGGAAAACUAAACCGAGACACAUUCAGACGGCUUUCGUUAGCAAUUGAAACAGCAAAUAGCGACUCAAAUACCAGUAAUGUAUUAGCAAUGGCUGCCUCAUCGACCUCAAUYRCUGGUCGACAAGAUCAUGGAACAUCAGAUCCGCCAGAUCCUCCCAUGACAGAAGUUGAUGAAUGUUGUCCCUGGUGCAUGAACAAGAUGACUUGUGGUUGUAUUACGAGAUGGAAGGCUAGUGAUGGUUAUCGMUCAUGGAGGAAUCUUAGACUKGCCGUUAAGAAGUUUGUUGAGCAUAAGUACUUUGAAUGGACGAUAUUAGCUAUCAUCAUGGCAAGCAGUAUUGCUUUGACAUUCGAAGACAUAAACCUGCCUUCUCGUCCAAARCUCAAAGAAUACCUUCAAUAUCUCAACAUAUUCUUUGCCGUCACCUUCAGCAUUGAAUUCUUGCUUAAAGUAUUGGGACUAGGAGUAGUUUCUUAUUUCAGGAACUGCUGGAAUUGCUUAGAUGUUCUGAUUGUAUUUGUUUCUGUAUCGAGCGUGAUCGCAGAUUCUUCUAACCAAGACAGCAGCCUGUCGUCUUUACGAUCAUUGAGGACACUUCGCGCUUUAAGACCGUUGCGAGCCAUUUCAAGAUGGGAAGGAAUGCGGGUUGUUGUUAAUUCUCUGCUGUUUGCAAUUCCUGGCAUUGGUAAUGUGUUACUGGUCUGUAUGGUAUUCUGGCUUAUCUUCAGCAUCAUGGGCGUACAGUUUUUCGGUGGCCGAUUCUUCAAAUGCGUCGAUAACAACAAAGAAAGGCUUCCUAUCAGCAUUGUGCAGAAUCGAUCCGAGUGCAUUCAGAAAGGCUAUCGUUGGGUGAAUUCUGAUAUCAACUUUGACAAUUCUUUGAAUGGAUUCAUGGCACUUUUUCAAGUGGCAACAUUUGAAGGUUGGAUUGAAGUCAUGAGAGACGCAGUGGAUGCUAGAGAGGUUGACCAGCAACCAUCUGAUGGUUACAAUUUUUCAGCCUACGCCUAYUUUGUGGUGUUYAUYAUCGUUGGGUCUUUCUUUACCCUCAAUUUGUUCAUUGGUGUYAUCAUUGACAACUUUAACAGGCUCAAGAAACAGUACGAGGACUUUGGUGCUCUUGAUGUAUUUCUGACCCCAUCRCAGAGGGCGUGGUUUGGUACGAUUAGAAAAGCUGCCACCAAGAAACCAAAAAAAGUYAUCAGUAGACCYGAGAAUUCAUUUAUGGCGUGGUUAUUUGACGUGAUCCACAGCUCACGAUUUGAGACAUUGAUCAUGUUUUUUAUAUGUCUCAAUAUUCUUGUCAUGAUGAUCCAGCAUUAUGGACAGAAACCAGCCGUAGAACAAGCGUUGAUGAUCAUCAAUCUAGUAUUCACUGGUUUAUUCACUUUGGAAGCCAUUCUAAGGAUUGUAGUACUGAGACUGCAUUACUUCAGAGAGCCGUGGAACGUCUUUGACUUUGUUAUAGUCGUUCUCUCUAUUCUUGGAAUUAUUCUUGAACAUCUUGAGUAUGAACUCUUCAUCACACCAAGUCUGUUUCGCGUUGCACGAGUCUUUCGUAUUGGUCGUCUUCUUCGCUUCUACAAAGGCGCCAAAGGCAUUCGUCGACUAUUGUUCGCAUUGAUAAUCUCUUUGCCUGCUUUGCUAAAUAUCGGAGCACUUCUGUUUCUCAUUAUGUUCAUAUAUGCGAUUAUUGGCAUGUCAUCGUUUGGGUAUGUAAAGAAGACAGGCGCCCUGGACAGCGUGGUCAACUUUGAGACAUUUGGAAAUAGUAUGUUAUUGUUAUUCAGGCUUUCAACGUCUGCAGGGUGGAAUGAUGUGCUGAAACCGUUAUUAAUCAAACCACCAGAUUGCGAUAAAAACUAUGGYGGUAUUCCUAAUGGUAACUGCAGUACUCCCUGGCUAGCGGUCGUCUACUUCACCACAUUUAUUUUGUUUACAUUUCUUAUUAUUAUUAAUAUGUACAUCGCCAUUAUUUUGGAGAAUCUCAGCCAAGCACACGAGCAGGAAGAAGUUGGAGUUACCGAUGAUGAUUUAGACAUGUUUUAUUAUCACUGGGAACGAUUUGACCCUGGAGCUACUCAAUACAUACCUCAUUCAGCGCUCUCAGACUUUGUCGAUGGUCUUGACCAUCCACUUAGGAUACCACAACCAAACAAGUUUGCCUGUAUCAAUCUAAACAUUCCUAUUAAACAAGGGGACAGGGUGCAUUGCUUUGAUGUCAUGCAAGCCCUUGUUCGACGAGUUCUUGGCGACAUCGAGGAGGACGGUCUAGGCAGCUCUAGUGUUGCUUAUACUCUAAUGAAAUCAAAAAUGGAGCAACAUUGCAUAAGUACAUUUCCAAAACGCCACAGGACAAAAACUGAAAGUACAACAUUAAAAAGAACGCAAGAAGUCAGAGCUGCAACAAUCAUCCAAAGAUGCUUUCGACAAUAUUUAUUYAACAAAGAACUCAAAAGAUUUCGAUUGGCAAAAAGUGUCGAUCUUAACAACAGAAGACGAAGCUCGAAUGUCGAACCGAUGCCUCAAGUUAUCGAAGUCAAAGUUGAAUCAUCCGAUAAUAGACACGAGAAAACGUCUAUAAUCUGACCAGCAAACGACACUGAUCGACACUGAUCGACAUCAUUCAACAUUGGACGAACUUUUCUAUAUUUGUCUAUAUGUAUAAAUCCAGGAAGUCGCUGACUAUCAAGUUGUUGCGUCUAAAAGACGACGACUUUUAAUCUUUUAUACAAAAUAACAGAUAAAAAUGUACAAAAUUAAGACAUAAAAACAAUUUCAUUUGUAUAUUCUUGAUUUCCCAAAAGAUGAGAAAUCUUGCAAAUAUUUCUCCAGAUAAAACCAAAUGUAUAAAUUCAAAGAAUUUCAUUAUUUUUCGCGGCACGUUGUAGAGUCGCCGAUAGAGAGGAGAUAUUUUCUAAUUUUAUAUCCACGUGACUCAACAAAUAAAGAAUAUACACUUUUGUACAGAAA